AUCCUGGAGAAGGGCAGCCCGUACCCCCUGAUCAUCCUGCCCCAGUUUGGGGGGUACUGGAUCGAGGACCCUGAGAACCUGGGCACCCCCACCUCGUCCGACAGCAGCAUCUGCGAGGAGGAGGAGGAGAGCCCCAGCCCCAGCGCCUUCGGCUACAAACUGGAGUGCAAGGGGGAGGCCCGGGCCUACCGCAAGCAUUUCCUGGGGAAGGAUCAUUUGAAUUUUUAUUGCACAGCCAGCAGCCUGGGAAACCUGAUCCUGUCCAUUAAGUGUGAGGAGGCAGAUGGCACUGAAUAUUUAAGGAUUAUACUCAGGUCCAAAGUGAAGACGUUGCACGAAAGGAUCCCCCUGGCAGGAUUUAGCAAACUCCCCAGCAUCCCCCAGAUCGCAAAGGCCUUCUGUGACGACGCCUCUGGGCUGAAGUUUAACCCGGUGCUGUACCCCAAGGCGUCUCAGAUGAUUGUGUCCUAUGAUGAGCACGAGGUCAACAACACGUUCAAGUUUGGUGUGAUCUAUCAGAAGUUCAGGCAGACCCAAGAGGAGGAGCUGUUUGGCAAUAAUGAAGAGAGCGCCGCCUUCAAGAACUUCUUAAGCUUCCUGGGAGACACCAUAACGCUCCAGGACUUCAAAGGGUUUCGAGGAGGUCUGGAUGUCAGCCACGGGCAGACAGGCACAGAGUCGGUGUACACAGUGUUCAGGGACAGGGAGAUAAUGUUCCAUGUCUCCACAAAGCUGCCGUUCACCGAAGGGGACACACAACAGCUCCAGAGGAAGCGGCACAUCGGCAACGACAUCGUGGCCAUCAUUUUCCAGGAGGAGAACACGCCCUUCGUCCCCGACAUGAUCGCCUCCAACUUCUUGCAUGCCUACAUCGUGGUGCAGGUUGACAACCCCGAGGCCGACAACGCGGCGUACAGGGUGUCAGUGACGGCGCGGGAAGAUGUCCCCUCCUUUGGCCCACCCCUGCCGAGCCCCCCCGUGUUCCAGAAG